AUGCCUGCCCCGAUUACAGCUAUGGCGACAGCGAAAUACGGAGAUGAAGAUAUACGACGUGGAAUACCUCGCCCAUCUCAGGAUAUUGAGCGUAUCCAUCGAACUGAGCUUGAUGAUUAUAUAGGUUUCGUGUUGAACCAUCAUGGGGCUGGAGGAGCAAGAGCACCUCCUCAGGGUGAUGCGCCUAACAUGCAAAAUGUUAACGAAGAAUCCUUCUAUUAUCGCAAUUGCUGGAUCCCCAAAAAUAUCCAGGUCCCCCGGUAUGUCAAUGGAGUACCAAGCGGAAACCAAUCUAAUCAACUGGAAGGCGAAGAACCGGUUACUUUUUACAAUUACUCUUUAGACGGCGGAAAGUUUGAAUAUGUGGUAAUGCCACUACAAUAUCUCUACAAGAAUUACGGAGAAGCAAUGGUUCCGAAAGAGUCUUCUUCCAUGAACCCACUUACAGCAUCUCGCGAGAAUGAAGUUGAUGAGUUGGUGCAACAGAACCUGCAGAUCAUGGAGUUUCCGGCAUGCUAUUAUGCCAAGGACUUUUUGAGGGCUUUCUCUUCCGAACAUAUUUGGCGUCUCCGGGACCGAGGAGAUAGUUUACGCCCUGGGGUUUCAUUCAAAUUGGCCCUGGGCUCACCACAAUUUACUCUAGCGAUAUCCAUUCCAUACUUAGGGGUGGAGAAAAACGCUCGCCUACCAACCCAGGACAUCCAGGCACUUAACGAUACUGAUGCUGUGCGGUUUAUUGGUAUGGGUAGGGGACGAAGUAGACUGGAGAGAUCAGAGGUGUUGCGGAGGUUGGAAAGAUUGGAGGAGCUCACAGACUUCCGGAAACGUCCAUACAUUUCAUGGCCGAGGGAGAGCUCAACAUUAGACCAAUCUAGAUAUUCGAAUACUCAUGAUGACAGUCUGGAGGACCAUGGUGUGGGCAAUGACUUAAUCUUAGUGCAUCACACAGGUAUCAUCCUUUUGAAUACUAGUAGUAGGGGCCAUGGCAGUGACAAAGGUAUGAAGGUAUUGCCUCUUUUUUUGGUCGAAUUCCCUAUUAAUAUUUCGCAUCUUGCAGCAGAGAGACUGGCAAUUUUCAGAUCCUGCGAUGAUAAAAACUCGGGCCGUGUACCUCUGCUCCCUCACCAGAAAAGUGUAAACGCUCUCGAUGCCUUUCUUAAUGUAUUAUCGAAUACUCUGAAAUCCUCUGAGCAAGCUGUUAUUGACAAUCUUCGUCGCAAAGCGUCUGAUUACUCAUGGGACUUUCAGAGGUUUGCCAAAGAGUCGGGCGCUACCGAAGGAGAUAUUGGGGGCGAGCUGAUGUCCAGUUCAGCCACUCUCUCCGACGAAUUUUUAGCUGUGAUUGAUGUAGUCAAGUCACAACAGCGUUACAUCAAAGACCUUCGGGGGUUCCUAACUGGACUGGGAGCUGGCGUCGAUCGCCCCAAUGGCUUACCAUUGAUACCUGGUCAAUGGGGUGAAGAAAGGAGUGUCCCAUUAAAGAGAAUCAGUUUCUUACUUGAAGAGCGACAAACAUUUUUGGACGAGGUUAAUGAAAUUUUCACAGGAGUUAAAGUGAUAAAGAAAUCUUUUUACCAACUCUCAACCCUGAAAACGUCCAGGGAUAUGGCUAACAGCACCGGACUUGCCAUACAAAAUAUUCGAGAAGGAACGACUCCCACCGGCAAGACGCGGGGUCAGGUCAAGAGAUCCAGGAAGGCGUGGUGGAAGGCGUGGUGGAAGCGAAAUCUUACUUCGUGAGAAAAAGCGUCAAUGCUUCCCACUGGUGACGACCGAUUAUGACCAUGUCACCUGCUCCUUAAUUUGUAUGUCAAUCGCGUGGAAUGCUCCCAUAUGGUGAUUACUAUAUCUAUCAAUUUUCAGACCAAUGGGGGUGGGAAAGGGGUAAGGGGAGUUAUUGCAUUUCCGAGCCUUUUGAAGUCACCUCAACGUGAGUCUGGAGGAAGUUAUAAUAUGAGCGAUUAUUGGUAGAUAAAUGUGGGGGGAUUCAUUGGGUUUUCACCUUUUAUUUUGUUUAGGUAUAAUAUUUUCUAAUUUUAUUAUCUUCAGUUUUUACCA